AUGUCCUCACUUUUGUACGGAUUGUUAUGUUUUUGUGCGCUGGGCUCCGGUCAGCUAGCGAGCGGCCAGGCGGACGAUGGAAAGAGGUACAUCUGCCGAGCUAUACCCCUCAGCGGCGAUGCCAGUUGCCCUGUGACGUUGUUGCCCGAGCUUAACGCCGGGAGCCAAGAAGAGGAGCUCAGAAACACUGUCAUGCAGCUGCGAGAGACAAUUUUACAGCAGAAAGAAACGAUUUCCAAACAGCUCGGCACCAUCAACGAGCUGACCACCAAGCUGUCCCUGUGCGCCUCAGCCACCGACGAUAGGAAGUACGACAAGGGGGGUUCCUGGGGCAAAGAAAAGCAGAACACAAUGGGGGAUGUUCCCAGAGAUCCUAAUGACACCAUUGACAGUCUUGGAAAAACCAUGCAAGGGCUAAAGGACCGGCUGGAGAACCUCGAGCAACAGCAAAUGCGGGCCAACAUAUCCGGCGCUUCAUUCCCCAGCGAGCUGCGCGACCUGCUGCAGCGUCGGCUGGGGGAGCUGGAGAAACAGCUCCUGAAGAAAGUCAGCAACCUGGAGGAGGAGAAGAGCCUGCUGUCUAACGCCACAGCCGCCUACAGGCUGAAGACGGAGAGCACGCUGAACGCCCUGGUGGAGAGGAUCAGUGAGCUCGAGAAAGGGGGAGGAGACUUCAAGUCCCCAGAGCAGUUUAAGCUGUCCCUCCCCCAGCGGACCAACUACCUGUAUGGCCGCAUUACCAAGAGCCUGCCAGAGAUGUACGCCUUCACUCUCUGCAUGUGGAUCAAGUCUAGUGCCAGUCCUGGCAUAGGCACACCCUUCUCAUACGGGGUGCCGGGCCAAGCGAAUGAAAUUGUGCUGAUUGAAUGGGGCAAUAACCCAAUAGAACUUCUCAUCAAUGACAAGGUCGCCCAGUUGCCUUUAGAGGUACGUGAUGGAAGGUGGCACCACAUCUGCAUCUCCUGGACCACACGGGAUGGCCAAUGGGAGGCUUACCAAAAUGGACAGAAGCUGGGAAGCGGUGACAACCUGGCAGCCUGGCACCCCAUCAAACCUGGCGGGGUCAUCAUCCUGGGACAGGAGCAGGACGUGGUGGGUGGGCGCUUUGAUGCCGGACAGGCCUUCGUGGGCGAGCUGAGUCAGGUGAACAUUUGGGACCGUGUUCUGAAGCCGGUCGAGAUCCAGUCAAUGGCCAACUGCAGCUCUUACAUCCCAGGGAAUGUGGUCUCCUGGUUAGCGAGCAACGUUGAGGUUUUUGGAAGGGGAGCCUUCAAACGGCCUCUGGAGAUGUGUCAGGAGCGGCUGCCCAAUGCUUAAAAACUACUUGUGUGAUUCACUUUUGUUUAACUGGUGUUUUCAUCCGUUCAGAUUUUUUUAUUUUAUUGUCUGCUCCAACCGUCAGGCAGUUUAUGGACUUUCUGUUAUACAUGAAUGUGUAACAGUGUCGUUUUACCUGCUUUGCAUAGAGAUAUAUUUAGGAUUUGUGAACAGACAGGAUCUCUCAAAAUCAAAUGCUUGUACUCACAUGACAUUUGUGAACAUUUUUACAAUCGGAUCUGUGGUAACGCACCAAAGUGCAAAUUGCUAUGCGGAGGCUGAAUGGUGGCUAUCAGAGAGUUACAUGCCAUUUCUUUCCCUACCAUGAUUAAGGUACUUUCAAGCUUCAGUACACCCACCAUAGCAAAAAGGUCCCCUCAGGUAUUACUGCUAACACCAACCCUGACGUCCCUCUACACUUGAAAGCUGUGAAGUAAUGAAAAUCCACUCUAGUCCGGUGCAGACGCACGCAUGUAUUGCUACUACUACAAAUACAUUGAGGACCAGACUAGCUGACGGUUUGGCUUCAACAUGUGAACUGGCGUUGCGUGCUGUGUGGGAGGAAAGAUUAAAGGUCUGGCCAAUGUUAUGUCUCUUCCUUAACCAGGGAAUGGGCUUAGAGCCAACAUCAAUCAGACCUCUGAUCCUGACAUGUUCAGUCAUUUGAAUGUAACCGGAAAAAUACUAUUUGGCACUUUAUCUGUUGUGUGGUAAUGGCUGGUACUGAAGCUGGAGCAUGUGUGCAAUAGACUUAAUCCUCUGGUAGAAAUACUACUGCUGAUUUAAUUUUUCGGCUUAUGUACAAGUUAGCGAAAAUGUUACCUUACUAGGAAGCUUUAUUCUUCGCAUGUGUAACUGAUACCAGUGAUACUAGUGAGUCUAUCACAGUGCUUUUUUUCCCUGCCUUUUCCAUUUGAACAAAACUUUGUUUAAAAUGGAGAAUCGUGUUAAAAAUAUAUUCAGAGCAUCAAUGUUGUGAUAUAUUUUUAUCUGUGAUGAUGUUGUUGCAGUGGAUAUUGAGACACAGCAUUCAACAAAAGAAUAUGACAGAUUAGACCCAUCAAACCCCUCACACAUGUAUUUUGAAUGUACAUGUUGUACAUUAAUCAUUUGUAUGUGUAGUGUAAUUUUCCAUUGUUUAGUGUCUCAGUCCAGAACGAUAUCAGUUUUUUUUAUGUAAUCUGUUUUCAGCAGCAUUGUCCACUUUUUGUCUUGUGGCCUUUUAAUGGAAACAUAAGUGCCAUUUAAUGUUUUCUAAGUGUUGAAA